AUGCCUUUGGUGGUGUUCGAGCAGGCGCCGACGCCUCGAACAGUUUUGACCGGCUUCAAUGACAGCGUUAUCGCAGAUCUGCAAUACUAUUACAAUAAAGACGAUAAGAAGUUACCCUACGGCACGAACCCGAAACUUCACUCGAAGUACCCUGUGGGUAGCCGCCUAUGGGAGAACACGUUUGCCACCUUCCCCAAAGCCAAUUCGGAGCGGAUGCACGGCCGGCUCGGCGUGACGCAUUACGGCUCGCCAGUGUAUACUCCAAAGGACAUGCCUCCAGUACUUCGGUCAUACCCGGGGGGUUUCGAGGCGGGUCUGAAGCUAGGUGGGUUUUACCACAACAUGUCUGAGGCGCUGCCGUUGGACCGCGUGGUGCCUGACUACCGCGAGCCGGUGUGUCAGGCGCAGACGUUCGACGUGGCAGACUUGCCGGACGCGAGUAUCGUGAUAACGUACUUCAACGAGCCUUUUUCGACGUUGAUGCGUACUGUCCACAGCGUACUCAACUCGACUCCGCCAGAGUUGGUGCGGGAGAUCAUUUUGGUGGACGACCACAGCGACUACAUAUGGGGCCAGCGGGACAAGUUUGCGGUGGUGGACUACACGACGACGCAAGCGUAUCAGACGAUACUUGAGGAGUACAUCCGCUACCUGCCCAAGGUGAAGUUAUUGCGGCUGUCCGAGCGCAAGGGUUUAGUGCACGCUCGAUUGGCGGGGGCACGCGCAGCCUCGGGCAAGGUCUUGGUGGUUUUGGAUUCGCAUGUGGAGGUGAACAAGGGCUGGUUGGAGCCGCAGUUGGCGAGGAUCAAAGAGUCGCCAAACAGCGUGGUGUUCCCGCAGAUCUUGUCGAUCAACCCUGAGGACUUUACGUACGACACGCACAGCGGCAUCGGGUGCUCGCUAGGUUUCAAGUGGAACAUGGUGGAGCAGAGCAGUCUGACCUCCACGGUAACGGACCCGGCCCCCAUCCCUUCAGGCUCCAUGGCGGGUGGACUGUUUGCUGUGGAUCUCGAGUACUUUUGGCACAUCGGCGGUUACGAUGACGGUUUCCGCAUGUGGGGCAGUGAGAAUGUCGAGAUGGGCUUCCGUACUUGGAUGUGUGGUGGCCGACUCGAGUGUUUACCCUGUAGCAAGACCUACCAUAUCUACCGCAAGAAGGGCGGCGGCUACAGCUCGCCUGCCGAGGAUAUUGUGCGCAACAAACUCCGGACUGCGCGUCUCUGGUGCGAUGAUUACUACUCCCUCGCACGCACCUUCAUCGCUCCCAAAGCCGGAGUCGAACCCGGCAACCUCGACCGCAUGCUUGAGCUCAAACAACGCCUCCAGUGCAAACCCUUCCAGUGGUAUCUCGACAACGUGCCCUUCUCUACCAACAGCAAAUUCCUGAAACUCCGACCGGAGGACGUGAAAAAACUAGGAGAAAUCAAGCCCGUCCGUGCGCCGACGUGGUGCGUAGACACAAUGCAGCGCACGGAAAUCGGCCAAAGUGCAGGCAUCUUCCCCUGCCACGGUGACGGGGGUACGCAGGCCUGGCUCUACAUCCGGAAUGACGAGUGGAGCCACGUGGUUGCGAGCAGCAACGAAAAGUUCUGCCUCGGCAGGCACGCAGCCUACAAAUUCUGCGACAGCAAAGACGAAGAUCAGCGCUGGCUGGCCACGCAAGAGUCGGCCGCCACGCGCAUUCAGCACGUGAGCACAGGCCAGUGCUUGGCCUUCAAAAAUGUAAGUUCCGCCCCGGCACUGCUCCGAGUUUUGAUGCGUGCUCUCUUUGAGUCUUAUCCGAUAUUUCUUCUCGUAGAAACAAUUGACUAG